UGUAGAUCUGUAUUCGUGUAGGUAAUCAGGCGGGACGCGUCACGGCUGGUAUCUGGUGGUAUCUCACUCGAACCCGAUUCGAAGGGGAUUUAGGGCUUCAAACUUGCGGGUGUCUUGCCCUGGACUUGUUCGUUGAAAUGUCUUAGCGCCGUAUCUCAUCUUCCUAUCCCUUUCCUCCCUCCCAAUUGAUGUUAUUACGAAUUUGUUUCCUCGGAGCUCACAAUUUGAGCUUCCGAAACAUCGGCCCGACGGCAUCAGAUUGCGCGCUUGCUUAGCCAAAAACGAACGAACCAAAGCUUCUCUUCAUGGCGUUUUCUUUCUCUCGCUUUCGGAGGAAACUCGACGCCGCCCUCUCGUCCGCCGUCCGCGCCCGCUACCUCUCGCUCUCUGCCCGCCCAAGUCUUCCCGAAGAGCCGGCGCCGGACCCCCGCUUCCUCCGCUACAGCUCCCCCGACGCCAGGCCUCCCCUCGACCACUCCCCCUUUCUGCGCUUCCCCCAGGUCCGCCACACCACCCUCCCCAGCGGCAUCCGCGUCGUCACCCAAUCGGCCCCCAUUUCCGCCUCCCACACCGCGUCUAUCGGCGUCUGGAUCGAUGCCGGCAGUCGCUUCGAGGCCCCCGGUACCAACGGCACCGCCCAUUUCCUCGAACACAUGAUCUUCAAGGGCACCCGCCGCCGCACCGCCCGCUCCCUCGAGGAGGAGAUCGAGAACAUGGGCGCCCGGCUCAACGCCUACACCUCUCGCGAGCAGACCACCUUCUUCGCCGACGUUCAGUCCAAGGACGUGGCCGUCGCCGUCGACGUGCUCGCCGACAUCCUGCAGAAUUCCAAGUUCCCUGACCACGCGAUCAAGCGGGAGCGCGGCGUCAUCCUCCGGGAGAUGGAGGAGGUGCAAGGACAGGUAGAAGAGGUAAUCUUCGACCACCUGCAUUCUGCAGCGUUUCAGGGCCAUCCUCUAGGGGACACAAUAUUGGGCCCGGAGGAGAAUAUACGAGGGAUCUCGAGGGUUGACUUGCAGCAAUACAUUUCCACUCAUUAUACAGGCCAUAGAAUGGUUGUGUCGGCUGCAGGUGCUGUUAAACAUGAUGAGAUUGUUAACAUGGUCGGAAGGCUGUUCACAAAUUUCUCCACAGAUCCAACCACUGCAGAUCAGCUUGUAAAUGCAAAUCCAGCUGUUUUUACAGGUUCAGAGGUUCGAGUGCAGGAUGAGGGAAUGCCUUUAGCGCAUUUUGCAAUAGCAUUUAAAGGGUCAUCCUGGACAGACCCUAACUCUAUCCCCCUUAUGGUAAUCCAAAGCUUGUUGGGUAGUUGGAACAAGAGCAUUGGUGUCGGCAAUUGCUCAGGGUCUCAGCUUGCUCGUCGAGUAGGCACUGAUGACUUAGCUGAAAAUAUUAUGGCUUUCAAUACCAACUAUCGUGAUAUAGGAUUGUUUGGUGUCUACUCCAUUGCCUCGCCAAAAUGUUUGCGUGAAUUAUCAUGUGUCUUGAUGGAUGAGAUUAAGAGACUUGCAUACCAAGUGUCAGAAGCUGAAGUUGUUCGUGCUAGGAAUCAGUUAAAAUCCGUGCUUUUGCUUCACAUUGAUGGAUCCACUGCUGUUUCUGAGAAUAAUGGCCGUCAGAUGCUGACAUACGGGCGGGUAUUGCCAUUCGUUGAGCUUUUUGCUCGCAUUGAUACUGUUGAUGCUGCUGCAAUUAUGGAGACAGCAAGGAACUUCAUCAUCAAUAAGGAAGUUGCACUUGCCGCAACAGGACCGAUCCAGGAAUUGCCAGAGCACAGUUGGUUCUGCGCUCAGACCACGGCUCAGUGAGGGAACAGGAUGUGAAUCUUCUUCCAGGAGUCAAUGGUACUUACAUGUUGUGCCAUUUACCAUAUCGAUCAAGGCAUCAUGUAACAAUCAAAGUACAAGAAUCAAAAGGCCAAUGAUAUAUCGAUUAUAUUUAUCUUCCCUUUACUUUUCUUAGCUUAGCUUAUAUCUCUGUAACAUGUGAGAUAUUGAAGCCAACUUCCUUGAGUUUGAUCAUGUGCACAUUUAUGAAUUUUCCCGAAAGGCUACUUAUCACACAA